CAGGAGAAUAUGUCGUCAUGACAACCCACUUCCAUCUCAAACGGAAAAUUGGCUACUUUGUGAUCCAGACCUACUUGCCAUGUAUCAUGACUGUCAUUCUGUCACAAGUGUCUUUCUGGCUCAACAGAGAGUCUGUCCCUGCCCGCACGGUUUUUGGUGUCACCACUGUUCUCACCAAGACCACCUUGAGUAUCAGUGCCAGAAACUCCUUACCUAAAGUGGCAUAUGCGACGGCCAUGGACUGGUUCAUAGCCGUCUGUUAUGCCUUUGUAUUUUCUGCACUGAUUGAAUUUGCCACUGUCAACUACUUCACCAAGCGGAGUUGGGCUUGGGAAGGCAAGAAGGUGCCAGAAGCUCUGGAGACGAAGAAGAAAACACCAGCAGCCCCAACAAAGAAAACCAGCACCACCUUCAACAUCGUGGGGACCACCUAUCCCAUCAACCUGGCCAAGGACACUGAGUUCUCCACCAUCUCCAAGGGCGCUACUCCCAGUGCCUCCUCAACCCCAACCAUCAUUGCUUCACCCAAGGCCACCUAUGUGCAGGACAGCCCGACUGAGACCAAGACCUACAACAGUGUCAGCAAGGUUGACAAAAUUUCUCGCAUCAUCUUUCCUGUGCUCUUUGCCAUAUUCAAUCUGGUCUAUUGGGCCACAUAUGUCAACCGGGAGUCAGCUAUCAAGGGCAUGAUCCGCAAACAUUAGAUAGUGGUGGCGGCACAGCAAGCAGAGCACUGUAUACCCCAUGAGGCAAACAGGCACCCAACCCCCAGGGCUCCCCUUCAUGUGUUCCAGGAUUCUUCUUUUUAACCCUCUACCAAGCUGGGACUCUCAAUUCAUAUUUGUGAAUCUCAAUGAAAAAUUGACCACAGAAAAAUUACUUAUCCCUAUAACAUUGCUGAGUGUACCCCCAUCAGAGCCAAACACUGCCAUUUGUCCAGUUGCUCAUCUUCGUCUGCCAGUCUCCCCCAGCUGAGGGCACUGCAUGUAUUUUAUUGCAUUCUGCCCACUGCAGAAAGAACAGGAGACUCUCUUCUCUCUAGUGGGAACCUUGGCUCUUUGAGAGGUCCAGACCGAGGAGAAUUGUUGACUGGUCUGGAUCAGAUGAUUCUGACACUAGUGAACCAGCUUGGGCUAUCCCAUGUGGUCCUGCUUGUCACUUCCCCUGCCUGCAGCCGGGCCUUACAAGGCAUAAGUACUGAUAGCAAAGGCAGGAGCCAGUUAUAACAUCUGACCAUGGCCCCCAAUGCCUUUCUUGGCUUGGAGAUGAGUGGAGACAGCUGAGCCUCGCCACUGUCUACUAUGUAUGGCCAAAACUAAUAGAACUAACUGGGCCAGCCUGGCACAAAAAUGGCUGGUGCCCUCCUAUGUCCAGCCCCUCGGGAAAAUAGUAUCUUUCUUGGUAUAUCUUCCUUCCAGGAAAAUCCUUUUCCUUCAAUGCCUUUGACCCAUUUGUAGCCAGCUGGGCACUGCUUAGUUUGGACUCAUUACUGCCUGCAAACUCUUCAGGAAAAAAGAUCAGAUAUUUCUUAUUUAAACUAAAAAGGUAAAAAUAGAAACAACAACAAAAAAUCUAGACCAAAUGCCUACAUGAGAAUUUUAAAAAUAUGGGAAAGAUAGGAAAGUUAUCUCCCUGCCAAGGCAACUAAUAAAAUACCAGACAGGGCAAGAGGUUUGGGGUAGACUGUAGUUGAGGAUUGAAGUCUGGCUCAAAAAAGAAGACCACUGGCAGGUAAAGGUCAAAUUCAUUUUUCCAUACCCUCCACACUCCACACUCUAGCCCAGGCCCAGGCAUUUUGCUCCCACCAUGUCAGAAACCUCUGGUCCUCUUUUGAUGCAGAUUCUAUGAGGGGUGAAUUAGAAAUUCAUACAAAUAUCUCUAGUCAAUUUUUGAGUCAACUAAUUCAUUAACUUUAUUACCAGUUUUAUAAUACAUUAUUUAGAGGCCAUUUGAUCUCAUUACGUGUUCUUAAUCAUAAUGUGAGUAAAAGGAAGAGGUAUAAAUACAAAAUUUUUAUAAGGUAGAAAAACCGAGUCUCAGAAGUUUGAAUGGUCUGCCUAGGCUCCAUACAAGUGUCUUUAAUAAAGAACUAUUAUGUGCCCCGUUCUGAAGGCCAAAAUGAAGAAAGGACUGAAAAGCCAGCUCCAUUUUGACCUCAGAAUCAGCACAAUCUCAGUAUGCCUUCUGGGUCAUGAGUACAGUUUGGAUGGACAUCAGAGAGGUUUUUUAGAAAGUCACAAUGUGUCAUCUAAGGAGACCACUGUUUAAGACAGCAGCCCCAGCCACUUUGGAUCUGAAUAUCUGCACUAGCCCAGAGUAUCCUAGAAGCCCAAGGUAAAGUCACAGAUGGCACCAUAAGGAGAUUCUCCCUGACCGCUCUCUGAACAAAGCUCCUAAGGGGUGUAUCACUGGCUGCUGAUUGCCUUUUUCAUACAUUCUUCUCCCAUCCCCUGCUUCCUUGCCAUUGCUGGGAUUAUGCAUGCCAGUCCCAUUAUUCUUAAGACCGUGUCUGUAGGUAAAUUUAUGACUAGAAGAGUAUAGUCUUGUGGAUAUGUGGGGAUGGGGGGUGGGGUGGGCGGGGCUGUCAAUGAUUGUCUUAAGAAAUUUAGAUGGAAGCCUGACCUUUGCCUUUCUGUAGAAAUUGUGUUUCAAAUGCUUUGGUGCAAUGUUUAGUGGCUGUUUAUUAAACUCUUUCUGAAUUGUA